GUGCCGGGGGGAGGGAGCUGGGGCUGCUCUCCGGGAAUGUAGUGCUGGGGAGUUCCCUAUCACGCCCUUUUAUGUAUCAUCUGUUCGCAGCUUUCUCGUGUACCGGACCCUACACAGGAGACAGAUGGCGUGCAGUAAGAUGUCCGCAGCCGCAGCCCGGCUGGCCCUCAGCAUCAGGAGCCACACAGUGCUGGCCGUACGGGAGAGAUCCACCACAGCAGCCACCAAAGUGAAGGCGGCUGCUGAGAGCAAGGCGCAGGAUGAGCCGGCAGAGGUGCAGCAGUGGCUGCCGGGCUCAGAGGUGGAUCGCGUAGGAAGAAGCGACCAUCUGGGGGGGCUGAAGUCUUGUCCUUCUGUUACUAUGAAUUUUGAGAACACGCAGGAAGCCUAUAGGAGCAAGCCCACGUGGGAGCUGCUGAGGAGUAUGCUGGUCUUCUGGCUCUGCUCUGUGGAUGCCCUUGUAGAACGGAAUCAGCAGCUGCUCAAAUUAUCAAGAAAAAUACUUGGACAGAGGCUUUUUGAAACACUAAUGAAGAUGACCUUCUAUGGCCAGUUUGUUGCUGGAGAAGACCAGGAGUCCAUUAAACCAUUGAUAAGGCGCAAUCAUGCAUUUGGAGUUGGGUCUGUCUUGGACUAUAGUGUGGAAGAAGAUCUUACCAAUGAAGAGGCAGAAAAGAAAGAGAUUGAAUCCUGCACUGCUGAGGCUGAAAAAGAGAAUGUUGGUGUAGUGCAGCGAGAGAAAAAAUACCAAGUACAGCCCGGAUUUGGCGACCGUCGUGGUGGUGUCAUUAGUGCCCGAACUUACUUUUAUGCUGAUGAAGCCAAGUGUGACCAUCACAUGGAGACGUUUCUAAACUGUAUUGAAGCUUCAGGCGGGAGUUCCGAAGAUGGUUUUUCUGCAAUAAAACUCACUGCAUUAGGAAGACCACAGUUUCUGCUGCAGUUUUCUGAAGUGCUUAUAAAAUGGCGGCGAUUCUUCCAUCAGCUGGCAGCGGAGCAGGGCAAGGCUGGGCUAGCUGCUGUUGAAAUUGAACUGGAAGUGGAGAAGUUACAAGACAGCCUAGUGGAGCUAGGAAUUGCUACGAAAGAUGAAAGUCAUAACUGGUUCACGGGUGAAAGUCUUGGACUCUCGGGUACUGUGGAUUUGCUGGACUGGAACAGUUUGAUUGACAGCAGAACCAAGCUCUCCAAGCUUCUCUUGGUGCCAAAUCUGCAGAGUGGCCAGUUAGAACCCCUUCUGUCCAGAUUUACAGAGGAAGAGGACCUGCAGAUGAAGAGGAUGUUGCAGAGAAUGGAUGUUCUUGCAAAGAAAGCCUUAGAAAAAGGUGUUCGUUUGAUGGUCGAUGCAGAACAGACCUAUUUCCAACCUGCAAUCAGCCGCCUGACAUUGGAAAUGCAGCGUAAAUUUAACAAGGGCAAUCCCAUUAUCUUCAACACAUACCAGUGCUACUUAAAGGAAGCAUAUGACAAUGUGACUGCUGAUGUAGAGUUAUCCCGACGAGAGGAUUGGCAUUUUGGUGCUAAGUUAGUGAGAGGGGCGUACAUGCAACAGGAAAGAAGUCGGGCAGCAGAGGUGGGCUACGAGGACCCCAUCAAUCCUACAUAUGAGAAAACCAAUGAGAUGUACCAUAGAUGUCUUGAUUAUGUCUUGGAAGAGAUUAGACACAAUCGCAAAGCAAAUGUAAUGGUUGCCUCUCACAAUGAAGACACUGUGAAAUUCACCUUGAAAAGAAUGAAUGAACUGGGCAUUUAUCCGGAAGAGAAAAAAGUAUAUUUUGGCCAAUUGCUAGGCAUGUGUGACCAGAUUAGCUUUCCUCUUGGACAAGCUGGCUAUCCGGUUUACAAGUAUGUUCCCUAUGGACCUGUAAAUGAGGUUCUGCCGUACCUGUCCAGGAGAGCGCAGGAGAACCGCGGCAUCAUGAAAGGGGCUUUCCGAGAGCGGGAGCUCCUCUGGCGGGAGUUCAAAACACGACUGUUCUCUGGAAACCUAUUCUACACUCCCAGAUUCUAGAAACCCCUCAGCCUUGAGGGACACACUGACAAGGAUUAGUUUUACAAUGCUGUUUUGUGUUGUUGUGUACUAGUACACCCACAGCAUUUAUAUUCUUUUAAAUGGAACGCCAAUGCUGUUGUGGUUUUAAACCAAACAUUUAUGGUCUUCAUCUGUAGAUGCAACCCCUGUUUUGUGGACAAUAAGAACCGAGAUUACUUUCCAUAUCUAUUUUAGAAACUAAACUUGACUGUUGAAGCAAUCUCCAGCGUGUUAUAGAGAACAGUUUGCUUCCACGUAUAGUUUUGUCCUUGAUGAGCAGAAGUGCAGAUGUUAUUUUCCUCUUAAUCGUUAUCUACAUAUUUAACAAAUAAUACUGGAAAUAGUUUAAUAUGUCUGUGAAAUAUAAAUAUAUAUAUAUAUAUUAUUUUUUAUUUUUUUUAUUUUGGGGUCCAUAUUGGUGGGGAUACUAGAAAUACAUUAAUAUUCCAUAUGUAAGCAUUGGGGGAUCCGUAGAAUAUAUCAUUUAGCUAGUAUCCUAUUGCUUAUGGUAGUUCAUCAAGAUUGUUUGCAGUUGGCUCAGACUGUUUAUUUCUAAGAUUUUGGUGGCAGACAUUUUUAGGGCUUACCCAGUAGGAUUGCAGGAUGUGCUGACCCACAGCGACCAGCCCGAGUCAUUCUUCUGGCACAGUUUGGAAGCUGGGCUAAAUCACAUUUGUGUACAUUGGAGCAGUCCCUUAAAUAAGCCUGUGUGUGAUGCAUAGCUGUGACUUGUACUGUAGGAGGCUUCAACAAUUAAGAUUUAUCUUCUUAUAAGUAAAAUCUCAAGAGGCAGCAUCUCAUUAGGUCUUAUUGGAAAUUGUAGAAGUAGAUUGUUUUAUGGAUAUGUUACAUUGAGAAAUGUAAUGUGCGCCACAAUUUUAUAUAUAUUUUAUUUUUUAUUUGAUCCUAGCAACCAGCUUUCAUCAAUCAACUGCAGGAAGACACUGCUUGCAACGGCCUUGAUUUUAUUAUCAUGAUGUUAUCAGCAGCCUGCCUUGGGUUCCCCUUCGAAGGAAAUCCUUAACAAUAUUUUAGUUCUUCUAAAUAUCGAUACAUAAAACAAUUUAUAGAUUGCCUGACAGAUGUCCAAAGUGUAUGCAGUGAUUAGCAUAAUUGUUUGGCUCCACGGCCUGUUAACAGUUGUAUGGAUCAAAUUUAAAGAAAAAAAAAUUCAGACAAGAAAGCGAUUACUUGUCAGCCUUUUAAUAUGCAAUUCUAAUUGGAGGCUGUGCAGUUGUAAUGAAGGGGAAUUUGGUUUUAGGCUUGACUCCCUUUGCCAGAGAGAUUUAAAUGCAAAAUUUGCACUAAACCAUAGCAACCAAUAGGGUACAUAUUUUCUUUGUCUAAUCUUCAGUAGAUUGGGGGAAAAGAGAUAUUUGUUGUUGUUGCAGAUCAGGCUUAGGGGCCCAUUUAUCAACGAAUGAUAACUCCGUUGUGAAUGAUGACACUUGUAUAUGAUAAAUGGUGCUUCAGCCAAUCGGCUCCCAACUGUAAUUUUUCAAACACAUAACAGGAGCAGAACACUUGACUGUUAGGAGCUGAUUGGCUGGAGCACCAUUUGCAAUAUAAAAUGAGUUUUAUCAUUCACAACGAGUUUUAUUACUCGUUGAUAAAUGAGCCCCUUAGUCUUUGAUGUAAAAUAUACACUGCCAGUGAAGCCAAAGGGAAAGUAAAUAUAUUAUUUCUAAGAAAAGUGCAAUUAAAAAUACUUUGUGUGGGGAAGAAAUAUAAAGUUAUUUUACAGUUUCCUUUAUCUGAGCUACAACGGUCUAUUCUGAAAUAUACCAGUAGUCAUAAUGUCAAAACUGGUAACCAAAGUAUAAAGUAUUUUCUCCCUUAGGUCAAAAUGCAAAUUUGAGUUUAUGAAACUGAAUAAAGUAUUUAUUUUGUAUUGAACUGCUGCAGAUGGAAUAUAUUAGUAUUAUGUAUUUUUGUAUGGAAAUAUGUUUCACUGGAAAGGAAAUGGAAUUAAGAUAGUUGCUGGGUUUUUUUUAUUUGCAGAACUAUAUAACAAUCCAUGCAGUUUCAUCAUUAAGUAGUAUUUUCAAUAAUAAAUGUAAUUUAUCAAUUAAUUAAAUGUUGCCCUUAUUGAACUAUUUUUGUAUAUGAAAUAGAUUGUUUUGAUCUUCAGAUACCAUUGAAUAUGCUGUUUUAGUCUAGUUUUGUUAUAUUUCAUUGCUGUAGUAAGAUUUCCGCUAUUACAAAAUCAUGUAUUCAACUGAUGUUUUAACACAGGGGUCUCAAACUGAAGGAAGCAUGAGGACCACAUAAGGACAACUACAUUUGACUGGGAGCUGCUUCACUUCAAAUUGUGUCCCAUUUUGUCUCAUCCACCCACCAGUAUACUGUUUAUAUUUUUAGAUAUUUUCUGUCCCAUGCCCCCUCCAUCACACGCACACGCGCACACACACACACACACACACAAUGUAAAGAUCUCAUUCUAGUGAUUUUUGUCCAGUUUAAUAUACAACCCCCCCAUUGUAUAUUUCCCCCACUAUAAAAAAAUAUAUAUAUAUGUGUAUGUGUAUAUAUAUAUAUAUAUAUAUAUAUAUAUAUAUAUAGAGAGAGAGAUAUAUAUAUAUAUAUAUUUAUAUAUAUAUAUAUAUAUUUAGUAGGACCUGAUAAAAAGACUGGUGCCCCAUCUCUAUAAUCACCACACUCCCACAGGCCACAUUUGAGACCUCUGCAAUAGCACAAAGCUACAGUAUUUACAUUCUAGAAAGGUGCCAUGUGGUUGGUUCAUGUUUUUCUGUGUUGUGAUUGCACUAGUAUUUUAGAAUUACCUGUACAGUGUAUUAAAUGAUUCAUAAAGCUGGCACUCCAUUAACUGCUUUGGAAUAUUCUCCUAAAGGCCCAAUUUAUCAAGCGUUGGAGAGUGAUAAAUUGCAUGCUGAUAAAGUACCAACCAACCAGCUCCUGUCAUGUGACAGGCUGUGUGUGAAAAAUGACAGUUAGGAGCGGAUUGCUUGGUAUUUUAUCACUGUGCAAUUUAUCACUCUCCAAGGCUUGAUCAACUUGGGCCAAAAUGAGGCUGUGUGAAGAUGUUUUUGAGUGAGGUACGUACUUUCUAUUCUUUUUAAAUGCUGGGAUAUCUGAUCAUGCCUAAGUUACAGGAGGUCCAUUUACAAAUUAUAGAAGAAAAAGCACCUUAACUUGUGUAUUACUACUGAUUAAAUGUAUAUCUUUCGUAUUUACAUUUUUUUGUGCCAACUAAUAAAGUACUUUUCAGCCUGUACAUAA